AUUCUCACUGCUGCAAUCUCCAACCGCCUCUACAAUCACUUACAGAAGAGUGGCAUCCUCACAGAUAAGCAGAAAGGCUGUAGAAGAGCGUCUAGAGGGUGCAAAGACCAACUUUUCAUCAGUAACAUGAUUGUGAGCAUGGUAAAAAAGCUCAAGAGGAAGCUAGGAAUGGCGUGGAUUGGUUAUAAGAAAGCCUUCGACAGUGUCCCAUAUUUCUUGAUUCUCGCAGCCAUGAGAAUCUACCGUGUGUCACCAACCAUCAUUCAGGUCAUGGAAGCUACAAUGAAGAAAUGGAAGUCUGAAAUGCUCCUCUUCACUCAAUGA